UAUCUAAUGGCUGUUUUUUUUCUUAAAGUAGUAAUUAUGUAAAAUAUUUAAACACACAAAUUAUACACACUAGUUUAUUAUUAUUUAGUUCAGUUUCAGAAUACUUUUCAAAGGAUUAUCUCUAUCGUUCAAGUGAUAAGACUUUAUCUAAUUUAAUUAUUGGCGAGUACUGGACACUAAAACAGAAGGAAAGAAAUGAUAAACAGAACAACCAUUUAAUAAAAGUUUGUUUUCAUUCUUUCUAAAAUUUAAGAUUUUAUAAAGCGUUAUAAAAACAAGAAUGAAACAACUGAGUUGCUUGUGUGCUGUAUUUGCCUUGUUACAAAUCCUUUUGAGUAAGUACUUAAAAUAUGAAUUUCUCAAAAUAAAUAAGCUUACAUACAUAAAUAGGCCAGCUGUUAAAUUAUUCGAAGCAAUAAAGGAAUGCUUGAAUUUAACUCAAAAACAUUUGUUUCAAUUCUUCUUUUGUUGAUUCAACACAAGGUAAGAUUUCAAAUCUUGCAAUCAAAUCUCCUAGAAAUCUUUGUUUAUUCAAGAUCGAAAUAAUAUUCAUUUUGAUAUUAAGUAACAAAUACACCACUCUAACUUCGGUUUUUGAACUUUUAUUUAAGAGUCUGAAGUUAUCUAAAAAAAAAUAAAUAACUAUUCAAUAACUUACCUCUAUAACUUGUUACUACAUGCCUGCACAUUAAACAUUGCACGCUAUUAUUAAUUAGUGUAAAGCUGUUUCAAAGACUAUUGUUGUAUUAAAACCUAAAUAUAAGUUGACCCAUUAGCAGUAGGCAAGAAAACUAAAUAACAUUUAAAAAAAUCUUUAAAAUAUCUAAUUCUCUUCAUUUUUAAAACACAACUUUCCCCCGGGCUCAUCUUUUCCUUCUCACGACUCUGAAGAGAAUUGUGAAGUGACAAACCAGUUGAAAUAUACCAGGUAAAUAUAGAGAAUUGUGAAGUGACAAACCAGGUGGACUGUAGAGAAUUGUGAAGUGACAAACCAGUUGAAAAUUUGCUCAUGGUUAUUCAUGUCGAUGUUUUAUCCUCCCCCCACAGGAACACACGGAUUGAAGAUUACUUUGGACGGCUUUGAAAACCAAAACUGUAAACAGACGUGUAGAAGCGCUUUUCAAGGCUAUAAUGUAACAGGAAGGAUAAUUCUGGAGGAAGGGGAAAUCAUGCCAGGCUUCAUUCUCUACGAGUAUAAGUGUCCUAAGACGACAGGUUGUGUAACUUACGAAGGACUUGGUGAAGUCUGGGAAGAGGUCAGAUGUGGUUAAAGGUUGAGAAAAAAUAAAACGAUCAACUUCUUAUAUUCAUUUUCUUUGCCCAGUAUUUCCCAACAACUCUAUUGUAUACAUUCUCUAUGCUAUUUGUAUACUGUCGCAUCCCAUCAAAACCAACACAUUCAUUUAAUAAUUGAAUUAAGCACAUUAACUUCCAUUUUAAAAAAAAAAAUUAAAAUUGGCCGAAAAAGAACUUAUAAAAGAUCUUCAUAAGACUACGUUUUUUUUCAAAUUGUAAAGAAGAAUAUAUUGAAAUUUUAUGCGUUUGAGACAUCCGUCUAUUAUAUUAACUAAAAUCAAUUUUCAUAUAAGAGGACCACCAUUUGAGAGGACCACCAAAUAAGAAGGUCACCAAAUAAGUGGGCCACCAAAUAAGAGGGCCAGGAUACAAGGGGGCAUUCAUAUAAGAAGGCCACCAGAUAAGAAAGCCACCAAAUAAAAGGGCUACCAAAUAAGAGGGCCCACAGAUAAGAGGGCCCACAGAUAAGAGAGCCACAAUAUAAGAUGGUCACCAGAUAAGAUGGCCACUAGAUAAGAGGACCCUUAGAUAAUAUGACCACUAGAUAAGGUGGCCAACAGAUAAGAUGACCACUAGAUAAGGUGGCCAACAGAUAAGAGGUCCCACAGACAAGAGAACCACCAGAUAAGAAGGCUCACAGAUAAGAUGGCCACUAUUGUAGGGUAGCAUCUGAGCUGUCAGAUGAUAACCCCUUGUUAAGGUGAUGGGAUGGAGGCGGUCAGCCCCAUGGGGCACUUGUUUCUCUACAUGUGUUCCGGCAUCUUUGUCCAAGUUAAAAGAAUAGUAUUGCAAUACAAUGAUUAAAGACGCAAGACACAUAAUAUAUCAGUUGGAUGACUUCAGCGCAACAGCACAGUUGACAAGCCUGGACAGCAGUAUACAUCAACAACACACUGCACAUGCCUGGACAGCAGUAUAAAUCAACAAAACAAUAAAGCAAGAACUCAAUUGACGCACUUGGACAGCGAUAUAAAGCAAGAACUCAAUUGACGCACUUGGACAGCGAUAUAAAGCAAGAAAUCAAUUGACGCACUUGGACAGCGGUAUAAAGCAAGCACUCCAUGACUCACUCGGACAGUGGUGAAAAGCCUAUUAAUGACUUUUUGUGAAUAGAGUAAGAAAUGGACUGUUGAUUAUUGUGCAGACGGAUACAGAAGCAGAACCUCUCCAUGCUGGCUUAAGCACUCAUCUGCCGUGAAAAUUCUUGGUUUGGCAGAAGCAGCGUCAACAGCUUUACAUCUGCAGGGUUAGAAUCCUGUAAAGACUCUUCAAGGUACUACCCCCAUUUAAGAUGUACAUUGGUGUAAUAAGAAACCCAGUGGCGAUCACUUAAAUGUGUUGGGAUGUGAUGCGUAUGCACAGAAACCCAAAAGAUGAAAGAUGUUUGAUUCAAAAACAUUUUAAAAAUGCAUUUUCCUAGGGUACGGGUUUGUUGUGAAGGGUAAACGUCAUAAGAUUUGACGACUGCCAAAGUGAUUUACAGCCGAGACGUUCUGUUUAAUCAAAACAAGUUCGGCCUUGAAAAGUAGACUAAAUGCCUUAGGAACCAACUCCUAUUUAGUGGAUUUUAUUUAUAAUUUUGGUGUAAUGAUUACCGAUGUAGAAGAUUGUAUCUGGCUACAGCUGCCAGGUUUUACAAGUAAAAUUCUUGAGAAAUUGGAAGAUGGUGUCUUGCUAGGACAGACAGGCUUUACAAGCAAAAUUCUUGAGUGACAGGAAAGUGAUAUCUUGCUAGGACGGCCAGGUUGUACAAGCAAAUGUUUUUAGAGAUAAUAAGAUGGUAUCUGGCUAGGGCAGCUAGGUUAUACAAGCAACAUUCUUGAGAGAUAGCAAGAUGUAAUCUGUCUAGGCCAGUCAGGUUAUAUAAGCAAAUUUCUUGAGAGAUAGGAAGAUGUUAUCUGGCUAGGACUCUUGAGAGAUUUGGGAUGAUACUAGACCUGUAACGGUACACACUGAGGAAGUAUUAGGACAUUCUGUUGAUCAAGAACUUUACCAAUCAGUGAUAAAGAUGUCUACUGUAUGUGUCAACUUGGAUCAGACCUGACAUAACUAUCACCGUGGCUAGUCAACUGUAUCCGUCAACUUGGACCAGACCUGGCAUUACUUUCACUGGGGGUAGUCGUCUGUAUCCGUCAACUUGGACCAGACCUGACAUAAUUUCACUUUGGGUAGUCUACUGUAUCUGUCAACUUGGACCAGACCUGACAUAUACUUACGCUGUAAGUAAUGUAGUCUAGUAAAACUAUGUGCUCAUCCACCAGGAUAACACUGGACGGCAGUGACAAUAAUUCUAAGAUACUUAAAGUGUACGUGGAAUUAUGAACUUGUGUACCACAACAAUGGAUCAACUGAAAGUGUUGGCUAUUAUGAUGCUGAUUGGUCAGGUCACAUUGAUGAUUGAAUAUCUGCAUCUGGCUAUGUGUUCCAUAUGGGUAGGGGACUUAUAAGUAGGAGAAGUAAGAAACAAUUAUGUGUGGCAUGGUCGACAGCAGACGCUGAAUAUAUGGCGCUUUCAAGUACCACACAGGAGUCGCUUUGGCUGAGACAAAUUACGUCCAAAAUGGGGUGAAACCAAAAUGUUGCCACUGUUGUUUUGAGGACCAUCCGUCAGCUAUUCUAUCAGUCAGCUAUAGCUACGGCUAAUCAUCCAAUCAGUCAACUACAGUUAUGGCAAAUAAUCCAAUCAUUCAGCUAGAGUUAUGGCUAAUCAUUUACUCGCUAAGUUAUAGCUGUGGAUAAUCAUAAAAAAAUCCAUGAUAGAGCAAAACAUGUGUAUAUUAAAUACCAUUUUUUUAAAUCUUGGAAUAAGUUGGACAUGAGUCUGACUCUUGAAUAUUGUAGAGCAGACGAAAUGAUUGCUGAUAUCCUUACUGAGGGACUGUCUUCGCAAAGAUGCAAGACACCCAGAGACACGAUUGGUGUGAGACAAGGGGCUGUCUCAGCAAAGAUUCAGGACACUCGGAGACACGAUUGGUGUGAGACAAAUGAAUUAAUUUAAUUUAGUAUUUUGAGAAGUAGUUAUGAAAUGACAAAGUGCCAAAUGUUAAUGACGAAAUGUUGCACACGGCACACUUGUUGUUUUUGUUGUUGUUGUCGUUGUAACAUUACGGUUUUCUGUUGCGUUGUUUUCACGCUAAAAAUGUUGAAGUGACCAUGAGCGUUUAAUGACUUACCUGUGAAAUACCUUAAAUGUAUUAUUUUUUUUCAGCACAUUUGGGAACAAGCGAAAAUUCCAACUGAAUAAGAUACAGCACUAGUAGCCCCAAUACAAGGAAUGUUCCAAACUUCAAUGCACAAAUGCAGAUGAAUUUUACUACUUUAAUAUUACAUACAAAAUAAGGAAAAAAACUAAUUGCCUAAAGACUUCAACCGUACACUGAACAGUAUUAGGUGACCAUCAAUGUGGGCUCACACAAAAUAGCUGUGUGAGACUACAGGAGUUUGGCAUACCCACCAAACUGAAAAGAGGAAUAUAUAUAAUAUUAAAGUGCUCAAAAAGUCAAAUGAAGUUUUAGAGGGAAUAUUCAAGGGAAUUUUAGAUUAGACGAGGCAUAAGAUAAGGUGACUCACUGUCUUGUAUGCUAUUUAACUUAACAUUAGAGAAAGUUCCAAGAGGCGUCCAUAUUUGCACGCGAGGAAAAAUAAAAGGAUACUCUCUGAAAGAAACCCAAGACCCACAACAAAUUGGCACUCUCUAAAAUCAGUAUCUUUCACAUGCUGGUGAAAAAUCACUAUUGAGGAGGAGUAGUAAAGACAUAUCAAACGCCUUUAUUGAAUUAGAGGACGCAUCACUACAGGCAGGUCUUGAAAUUAAAAAAAAACAACAAAAAAAAAAAACAUAAAAAAAUACAUGACUAUGAUGAGAGAACGGACAGAUGAAGCCAUUCAAAUUAGAAACCGGACUUUUGAAAAAAUUAAUUCGCUUCAAAUAGAUGGGACCUUUAUUGAAUGAAAGAAAUGAAUUACUUCGAGAAUUAACAAAAGUUUAUCGGUCGGAAACAGAAUCUACCUUAGAAGUCACACUAUACUCAUAGGUAAAGAAUUACAGAAAAAACAAAUACAGAAUAUAUAUAAAUCGUAACCAAAGCAGUUGUAACAUACUCAAGUGAAACCAGGACCCUACCAAAAAAGGGAGAAAACUUAUUUAACACAUGGGAGAGAAAAUUUCUUCGUAAGAUAUACGGACCAACAAAGGACAAUCAGGGACUGGAACCAUCUUUCAAAAGGAACAGUUGAGGCGACAACACUAGACACAUUUGUGUCUAUUGCCUCAAGCCUUCAAACCCCUAGUGCAUGAUUUCCUCAUCACCACCAGGAACAGAAACAUUGCAAAUCCCAUCUACAUGCAUAGGAGCCAAAAUGAUCACUAAAUUGAUCGUGGGCCCUUAAGAUAUAGAAGAAGAAGAAGAGGAGGAUGAAUAUAGAUCGAGAAUAAGAGCCAAAAAGGAAUUGUAUAUAGACUGUUUCAGGAUCCCAUAUAGACUGUUUCAGGAUCCCAUAUAGACUGUUUCAGGAUCCCAUAUAGACUGUUUCAGGAUCCCAUAUAGACUGUUUCAGGAUCCCAUAUAGACUGUUUCAGGAUCCCAUAUAGACUGUUUCAGGAUCCCAUAUAGACUGUUUCAGGAUCCCAUAUAGACUGUUUCAGGAUCCCAUAUAGACUGUUUCAGGAUCCCAUAUAGACUGUUUCAGGAUCCCAUAUAGACUGUUUCAGGAUCCCAUAUAGACUGUUUCAGGAUCCCAUAUAGACUGUUUCAGGAUCCCAUAUAGACUGUUUCAGGAUCCCAUAUAGACUGUUUCAGGAUCCCACGCUAAGGUCAGAUAUGAAAUGGCCAGGCAACGCCGGUUGAGUCACUUAGAAACAAUGUUAAAUGACCAAGGAGUGAAGAUAGAGCACCACCAAAACCCCAGUGCCAAACGGCUCAAAGACAGACCUAGGCUUAGAUGGAUUGAGUGAUGGAGAUAAAGAUCUAAGCUGCUGAGAAUCCAAUCAUGAAAAAGAAGUUCUAGGCCUAACAAUAAUGGCUUUAAAAAAAAAAAAAUGAUUUCAUGACUGUUGAGCUAUAGAUCCAAAUGAAAACGGGAACUCAAACUCAAUACUGCUUGGAACCGAUUAAGAUUUUUCCUGCACAUACCAAAAGUAUACAUUGAUGUGCGCAUCAAAAGGGUGCACGUCCACUUCCGCAUACACGUGGUGCACGUUCAUGUGCGCAAUUUUUAAGAAUCCCAAUUAGUUCUUUCCUCCAAAGGCUCGCAACUGCAAUUUUUUUCCACGCCCCCUAAACGUCAUUAAUAUUCCAAUGACCCACCCACUUUUACACCGUAGAUUUAUUUCAAAAAAAUAUUUUUUUAAAUUAUAUGUAUUACGCACCAAAUGCGCAAGCGAUAUUUCUUUUAAAGAGUCUCAUUUGGCUCAGUCAUCGGGAAUUUUAUUAGAUUGUAAUGCUACGAAAUAGCAAUUCAUUUCUAAAUACAUAGCGAUAAUACGAAAAUGUAGAUGAAUAGAAACCAAUGGGAAUCCAUACGAAAAUAUAUACACAAAUAAACUAAGUAUCAUGUUGCAGGUACCAAUAUCAAAGGAUACCUAAAAUAAAAUGUAAAUUCAAUAGAAAAAGUUUUUUUUUAUAGAGGUUUUAAGCGCCGCAACAGUUCUUCAUUUUAAAUAAUUUCUCUUAUGCCCAUCUCGAUUGUAAAACAUCGCUCUCACCUCCCCCAAAAUAAAAAUGAUCAAAAUGAAAAGAAAACUGAUAUUCUGGUUCUUCCCGCAACCUCAGACAAUGAAUCACGCACACCAUGGCAUACUGACACCCGCAUAUUAAGAACCAUAGCAGUCGAGCAUUGAUUUUCCGAACUAAAUAGGUGACUUGGUCUUUGUAGAUGUGCAUUCUGCGAUAUAUUAUAUUAAUGAAACAAUUUUCAUACCGAAAUAUCCCCGUCUGAUCACUUUAUGUAUAACACACUCCUAUAGUAAUUAUCUAGACUGUCGUCUACAUUUUAUGCCCAUGAUGUGUGUUAGGGUAGUAAAAUUAUGCCGACUGGCGAGGGUAUAAAAAAAACAACUAAUUAACCAUGGUCGGAAACCCAAAACCCAAAAAUAUGUAGAAUAGUUGUCCACAAUUUUUGUUUAAUUUUUAAUGGUGAGCAUUUUUUAAAAUUUGAAUGCCUUCUCUUUGUCCACAGAUAGGACAACAAAGGUAGAAACCACCUUGCUUGAAUUAAGAACAAGAUAUGCGUCUCUUUUAUACCUACUUAAUUAAUAAUUGAAAAUUAUGUAAUUCUGUUUUCAGUUUAUAACAGUUGCUACAAAAAACUGCGAUUAUGAGACUUACAAGUGGGGCUGCAAGCUAAUAAGCGGAAGAACCUACCGCCACUUCUUUGGGAGAUCCUUAUUUUUUAUAUUCAGAUUGUGCACAAUUAGGGCACGAAUGCUUGUCAAAGAAUCAUCCGAGUGGCUAACCCCGGUAAAUGCAACUGGCAUUAAACACGUCAGCAACGAACUAAAGAUGUCAGAUUACAAAAGUGAGUAUGCAAUAUUCCUAAUUCAAUUAAUUAACCUGUACAUAUACAAAAAUUUAGUCCAUAUUUGAGAACAAUUUUUCUUUGUAAAUUUAAACAAUUGAGACAAACAAUUUGUACAAAAUAGUAUAAUAUUCUGUUUAGUAAAGAAAGAUAAUAUAUUUAUAGGCUAUUGACACAAUUUUUUCCUUUAUAACUAACUUUUGACCAGUAUUUCUCGUCUCAUUUUGCUAAUUAAAAAAAAUAUCUCUCUGCAUGGAUAAAAGGACAUUUGUUUUAAAAUUGAAAAAAUUAACAGGCUGGUAAUUCAAAUGAAUUUUGAGCCAAAAUUGACACAGUAAUAAUUUGAGUAAAAUUAUGUUUUGACAUUACACAAAAGCAUGUCAAUAAACAGCUCUACCGCUGUUUGUGGUUCGUUCUUCGCCUGCGUAGAUGAAUAAGGUUUUAUUACACUGUAAGCCAGCAGGGGACUUUAUUAUCCUGUUUGUGCUUGGAAAUGUUGUCUAAGUGUCAUUUUGGCGUCAUAGUGCGAUUGGAGGCAAUUCUUCCUUACGUCUCUGCUCGCGUUCUUUGGGCGUAAGCUGUACACGUACACUGCACAAAUUUUACUCCACAAGUUAGUCUUAUUUCCACUUUAAUGUUUUUACUACAGAAGUGAGUCUUAUUUACACGCUACAGAUUGUACUACAGAACUGAGGCGACCUCAACUUCGUGUGUUAUCAAUGGCAAUUAUUUCCUCUGCACUGAGGUUGAUGUCCACGGGUUUGAUGGGCGCUCUUGGGCAAUAUGGUGUUUGUUUUAUCUCCGACAGAUAGUGACAUGAGCAUUAUAAAUAUAUAAAAUCUCUGCAAGGUUUCCUUCAUUUCAUCUAGAUGAUAGCAGCUAUUCUACCCAGCACGAAGCAGGUUUUGAAAGGGAUGAUGCCGCCGUUCCAUGUCUUUACAUGUCAACCUCUGAUGCCGGCGUAGACAAGAUGUAUCUACCAGGUGCCGCCAUGUUCAUUGUCAUCCACCAGGUAAGGCCAUGUUCAUUGUCAGCUUCACCGAUACACGUUCGGAGAUUUUAAAAGCUUACAAACACGUUAAAUAGAGUGUCUACAUGGUGUAUGUAAAGGUGUUUCUAUGGAGUAUAUAUAAAGAUGUUUCUGUAGGGUGUAGAUUAAGGUGUUUCUGUAGGGUGUAGAUAAAGAUUAAGGUGUUUCUAUAAGGUGGAGAUAAAGGUGUUUCUUUAGGUUGGAGAUAAAUUUGUUUAUUUAGCAUGUAGAUUAAGGUGUUUCUAUAUGGUGUAGAUAAAGGUGUUUCUAUAGGGUGUAGAUUAAGGUGUUUAUAUGGGGUGUAUAUAAAGAUAUGUUUCUGUAUGGUUUAGAUACAUUUUUUUCUUUAGGAUGCUGAUACUUUUUUUUCUGUAGGGAUUCAGACAAAGGUGCUUCUAUAGGGUUUAGAUAAUGGAAAGUUUUAUAUACGUCAAGACACUAUAAAGUCCUCAAAUGUUCUAAGCUAUAAAUCAAUAAACUUUUGUCAGCAUUGGCAACUAUUGGUAAGCUUGUUAAGUCUUGAGUAAUUUGUUUUCUCAAUGAAAAUGGCGAUAGAUAUUUAUUUAAAAUAAAAUGUAAUUUUUAUUUAUGUAAGUUAAUAAAGAACUAUUUUUAUAUCUCAUUUUUUUAACACUAUAAUUUAUUCACAGAUGCUUUAUUGAUUAUUUGCGGAUCUUUGAUUGCCAUCAACAUGAUUGUUUUCAACUAGCAAGUGUCAAGUUCACUUAAGUGUCAAGUUCACUAGAAAAUUGAAUUCAAGUCAUGGAUUGGCGUAGCCAAAACCUAAGCAAAAGAAUGCAGAUAUUUUAAAAGUAUACAUUACAUUACUAUUAAAGAUAUAUGGAAGAUAUCGAAGACGAUAGAGAGAGAAUGAAUUUAGCAACUUGCAACAUAUUACCUAUGGCUUAUUCUGAGAUACAUUGAUAUUUAUCUGUGAGAUAAUGUUAAAGGUGUUAGUGAGAUCCCAGAUAGUGUAAGAUAAUAUGCCAAACAAUCAUAUCAAGACUGGUUUGUGCUACAAACCUUACAUUAAAAUAUUUUAUAAUUUUUUUUUUGUUGUGGAAAUAUUAUGGCAACAGAUAUUUCCAGCAAGAAUUCGUCAAGUCAAACUCAAAACGAACGAAACAUCAAACGAUGUGCAUUGAGAUGAAAAUGUUAGAAGAUGUUUG